UAAAUAUUUUCUCUCUCAAAACAAACAUACAAUUCAAGUGCAAAUGAAUCUCUUAUCGAAGAAAGCCAUGUGUAACUCACAUGGACAAGAUUCUUCCUACUUUCUAGGAUGGGAAGAGUAUGAGAAAAACCCAUACGAUGAAAUUCGUAAUCCUAAAGGAAUCAUUCAGAUGGGUCUCGCAGAGAAUCAACUCUCUUUCGAUUUAUUAGAGUCAUGGCUUACUCAAAAUCCAGAUGCAGCUGCAUUUAAGAGAAAUGGCGACUCAAUAUUUAGAGAGCUUGCCUUAUUUCAAGAUUACCAUGGUCUUCCAGCUUUCAAAGAUGCAUUGGUUCAAUUCAUGUCUGAAAUCAGAUUAAACAAAGUAAGCUUUGAUUCAAACAAGCUUGUACUUACAGCUGGUGCUACUUCUGCAAAUGAGACACUCAUGUUUUGUCUCGCUGAUCCUGGCCAUGCUUUUCUCCUUCCCACUCCAUACUACCCUGGAUUUGAUAGAGACUUAAAAUGGAGAACAGGAGCUGAGAUUGUUCCAAUACAAUGCACAAGUUCAAACGGAUUUAGAAUCACAGAAUCAGCUCUUGAAGAAGCUUACAAAGAAGCCGAAAGGCGGAACCUUAGAGUGAAAGGGGUUUUAGUCACUAACCCUUCGAAUCCAUUAGGCACAACAUUAACCAAAAAAGAACUCCAACUUCUUCUUACCUUCGUAUCUACAAAACAAAUCCAUCUCAUCAGUGAUGAGAUAUAUUCUGGCACUGUUUUUAACUCACCUAAAUUCGUCAGUGUCAUGGAAGUAUUAAUCGAAAAUAACUACAUGUACACUGAUGUAUGGGAUAGAGUUCACAUUGUCUAUAGUCUUUCUAAAGAUUUGGGACUUCCAGGAUUUCGAGUUGGUGCCAUUUAUUCCAACGACGAUAGGGUCGUCUCUGCAGCAACAAAAAUGUCUAGUUUUGGAUUAAUUUCAUCUCAAACUCAAUACCUUCUUUCUGCUCUGCUAUCAGACAAAAAAUUCACGAAAAAUUACGUGUCUGAAAAUCAAAAGAGGCUGAAAAAACGUCAUGAAAUGCUAGUUGGAGGUCUUAAACAAAUUGGAAUAAGGUGCCUUGAGAGCAAUGCUGGAUUGUUUUGUUGGGUGGAUAUCAGACAUCUUUUAAGUUCAAACACAUUUGAUGGAGAAAUGGAACCAUGGAAGAAAAUAGUGUUCGAAGUAGGGCUAAAUAUUUCACCUGGAUCGUCAUGCCAUUGUACAGAACCGGGUUGGUUUCGUGCAUGUUUUGCUAACAUGUCAGAAGAUACGUUAAAUAUCGCCAUACAACGUUUGAAGGCUUUUGUUGAUUCAAGGGUUAAUAACAAGGAUGAUAUUCAAAAUCAGCAGCGUUCUAAUAAGAAGAAGUCAUUUUCCAAAUGGGUUUUUCGACUAUCGUUCAAUGAACGUCAAAGAGAACGAUAG